AUGGUUAAUGCAAUUAAUUCUGUAAGCCGAGUUGACCACUCGUCACUUCCACUCAAUCUCUUUGAGGAUAAACAUGAUGGCUGUAUUCUGGAUAACCCUAGAAGACACGCUGCUAUUGCGAGAGCAUCGCGGAAAUACUCGCACGAGGUCACUCCUGCUCCAAAGCUCCUCACCCUCAAAUGCGAGGAAUUUGCCCACCUUGGAGCAUAG